CGAGGUGUACUCGAGGCCGACACCUAAGUGCGCGCCAAUCGCCGACUUCGGUCAGUAGUCACAGUCAGUAGCCAAGCUGAAGAGAGUGCCGGAAAGAUGGGCUAUCCAAGGAGCGUGACCCUGCUGCUGGUCUUGGCAGUCCUGGCACGUGCUGAAGGUGCUACCCUAUUUGGAGCUCCACCAUGCCCCGACCCUUAUGGGAUUCAUGCGUACGCCCACCCUGAGGACUGCGGAGCCUUCUUUCUAUGCACGAAUGGCAGUUUAACUUUUGAAUAUUGCGAGAACGGACUUCUCUUCGAUGGACAUGGCUCUGUUUACAACCAUUGCAAUUAUAAUUGGGCCGUUCAAUGCGGUGAUCGUAAAGUCGAUUGGACGCCGAUCAGCAGUCCGGGCUGCGAGUACCAAUUCGGCAUGUAUCCGGAUAGCGAUAGCUGCAGCACCACAUACAGCAAGUGCAUCCACGGUGAAUCGCAUCAGGCACAUUGUGACUCUGGUCUGGUUUACAACGCCAAGACCCACACGUGCGUCUGGCCCGAUGAGCUCAUCCCCUACUGCAACCCCGAAGCCAUAGUCGGAUUCAAGUGUCCGCACAAGCUGCCGCCUCACAGCCCCGCUGCCAAAUUCUGGCCCUACCCAAGAUUCCCUGUGCCAGGUGAUUGCGGCAGAUUGAUCACCUGCGUCGAUGGUCAUCCACGACUUCUCACCUGUGGAGAUGGAAAAUUAUUCGACUCUGUGAGUCUGACCUGCCUGGAUCCUGACGAAGUUCCUCAUUGCAAUGGAGUUUAAGCAUCGAAGUGUAUUCCUGAUUAAUCAUUCAAUCAGUGAUGAAAUCAAGAAACAACAAAACAAUCAAGAAAGAACUACACGUUCAAUAAAAAAUUUACUUUUGGAAAAAAGAUAUAACAAUUGCAGCUACAAAUUUAUAUAUAACGCUCAAAAAGCAAUUGCACAAUUGCAUUGUAAAGAAUUAAAUUAGUAUAGAGAACAAAAUUAAUCUUGAAAAUUAAGAGAAUAAUUAAUUACAAAAAUAAAGAAAUCGAAUAAAAACAGCAAUUACAGCGUAAUGUUAGAUGCAUUUUUUAUGAGCAAAAAAAUGAUUAAAAGAAGAAGUUAAUUAACACGGGACGUAAAAAUCUCUACUUUUGCUAGAUUCCAAUUUUGUUCAGCGUUGCAAAAAUAGACGAGAAUAGAAAACCUAAUUAUUCCUAAUAAUAAAUGUUAAGGGGAAGUGAUUGCACCGUAAAGUGCAUAAAAAGAGUACGAUAUGUAGUACAUAUAGUGUGUAUUUAUAUAAUACGAUAUAUAUGUAAUACAUAUAAUGUAUUUAUGAUAAAUAGAAUAACAAUGUACAGCCAGGCAACAUUGAAUAAAAUCUGGACAUGCGUAUAAAAAAUA